AUGGGUUCCAGUUCCUCCCAGAGCGCGGACGUCGCUGGCCCAACGCAGCUCGAGGACAAGUACUACCCAGAGUGGAUCAAGAACCCUGAGAACAUCAAGGACCUCUCCGGGCGCGUGGCGCUGAUCACCGGCGUCUCCACGUCCUCGGGCCUGGGCUUCUACGCCACGAAGGCCCUGGCUGCCAGGGGCGCCCAGUGCGUCAUCACCGUGCGGAACGUGGAGAAGGGCAACGCGGUGAAGGCGGACCUGGAGGCGAAGCUCAAGGAGGAGGGCGCCUCGGCCAAGCCCAUCGCGGUCAUGAAGAUGGACAACUGCGACUUCGAGAGUGUCCGCAGCUUCGCAGAGGAGUUCAAGAAGCAGUACGAUCGCCUGGACAUCGUGUGCAACAACGCGGGCGUCAUGGGGCUGGACGUCCAGAUGACUAAGGAUGGCUACGACAUCCAGAUCCAGACGAACCACCUCAGCCACUUCCUGAUGACCGCCCGGCUCUGGCCCCUCCUCAAGUCGACGGCCGAGAAGUACGGCGACGUCACCCUGACGCAGGUCUCCUCUGGCGCCUCGGAGAAGGGCGGGCCCACGGUGGACACCAGCGACCUGAACAACCCGCAUCCCUCCCACGGCCUGCUGCUCUACCUGGCACCCUUCGUUCUGGGAGGCACCACCGGGCACUGGGCCCGGUAUGGCCAGUCCAAGCUGGCCAACGUGCUCUUUGCCAAUGAGCUCCAGAGGAGGCUCAAGGCCGCGGGCUUGGGGGAGAAGAUGAAGUCCAGCUCCUGCCACCCGGGCCUGGCCGCCACCAACUUGCAGAUCACCACCCAGAAGGGCGGGGGCAUGAAGGACGGGGCCGGCUACCAGAAGGGCGGCCAGUCUUGCGCGGACGGAUCCCUGCCUCUGGUCAUGGCCGUGGCGCACCCGACGCUUUGCGAGGGCGGGGCCUACUACGGUCCUGCUGAGGGUCGCACGGGUGCGCCCAUCAAGACGACCAACGCGAACCCCAUGGCCUACGAUGAGGCAGUCGCGAAGGCCCUCUGGGAAGCCUCAGAGAAGGCGGUCGGAGAGGAGUUCAAGCUCUGA